UUUUACAAAGUUACCGCCCUGAGAGACUGAAGUUAGACCGAAAGUUACACGUUUUGUUUCGCUAAGCUGUAGCUUAGAUCUGUCUAAUUUGUUAUUAAACAUUUUUAAUUAAGAAUGCCAAUGCAGAUUGUCAUGCAGGGUCCAGGACCUUGGGGGUUUAGACUGGUCGGUGGUAAAGAUUUUGAACAGCCCCUGACUAUUUCACGGGUAACCCCAGGAAGUAAAGCAGCCCAGGCCAACCUCUGUAUUGGUGACACGAUUGUUGCCAUUGAUGGGGAGCCAACAGAGGGAAUGACUCACUUGGAAGCCCAGAAUAAGAUCAAGAGUUGUGUCGAAGAAAUGGUCCUCUCUAUAGACAGAUCAGAAUCAAAAAUGUGGUCUCCCCUUGUCUCUGAAGAUGGGAAGACGCAUCCAUACAAGAUGAAUCUGGCAUCAGAAUCGCAGGAGGUGAAACACAUAGGUUCUGCUCACAACAGGAGUGCCCUCCCAUUCAAUUCGCCAGGUUCCAAGGUGGUUACAAGCCACUAUAAUAAUCCAGCAGGCUUGUACUCUUCUGAUAACAUCAAGGACUUUAACAGCGCUGUUGGUGGUGCCAAGACCACUGUGACAUCCAGCGAACCAAGUAAUAAUCCAGAUCUCUCUAAACCUGUCCAGCCAAAACCAUCAAUUGCUGUUGACUCAGAGGUCUAUAAAAUGCUGAAUGAGAACCAAGAGUCGUGUGAGCCUCCACGCCAGUCUGCAUCAUUCAAAGUCCUGCAGGAGAUCCUUGAGACUGGUGAUUCUGACAAACCCUCUGGGUUUAGAAGUGUGAAAGCACCCACUACAAAAAUUGCUUCUUCUGUGGGCAGUACUGAGAAACUCUCCAUCUGUGACAAAUGUGGCUCAGGGAUUGUGGGCAUGUUUGUCAAACUGCGAGAUAAGUUCCGCCACCCUGAGUGCUACGUCUGCACUGACUGCGGCACAAAUCUGAAACAGAAAGGACACUUUUUCGUCGAUGAAAAGAUUUACUGUGAGAAGCAUGCACGUGAACGAGUGACGCCUCCUGAGGGUUAUGAUGUCGUCACUGUCUUCCCAAAAUAGAUGCUUCUCCAGUGAUGCUUCAAAACUGCACAUUUCCCUGUUGUGAGGAAUUCUAUACACAUUAUAAACACUUCAUGUGGAUAGUUUUUCAUUGUGUUCUGGCAGAGUUAGCACCAAACAGUUACAUCUUUCCAGUUAAUACACUAGAUUUGUCCAUUCGAAUAUUUGCUUACUCAUCGUAUCAAGUAGACUAUCCUCAUGAAGUGCUUCUAAUAUAAGACAUUCCAGUUUCAUAGACAUCCCAUAUGCGAGACGGUGAAACAUAAUUGCAUUGGUGCUAGAAUUCUGUCCAAGGCCUCGUGAAAAUACUAUUAAAAAGGACAAGGUGCCACAUUGCCUAAAUUUUGCACUUAGAUAUAAAGGAAAGUGUGAGUAUGUUUCAGUGGUAAGCUCAGACAUUUCUGGCACAUUUACUGUAACUAUAAAGGUUUUGACUUUUGGAACUGUCAAAGAUUUAGGGACCAAUGAUUUCAUCUCUCUGGAAAAGUGAAAAAUCUCAGUUCUUCAGCUUUCUCUGGAAGCUCCAUAUAUGAGCAAUAAUACCUGAACAUUUCAUAAUCUCUAGUUUGGUUUCUUAAGGACUGUUUAUUUCAAGUAUUAUGUCCUUGCUUCCAAUAGCUUUUCUGUAUCGGUGUAAUAAAUAUGACUGUAUCAAAUACAUUUUUUUAACGCCAACCUGUUUACCUUCUGCAUAACUUGUUUAAACUCACAGCACAAUGCAUAAAAUAAAAUAAUCCAUGGACCCAA